GGUGGUCACAGCCUGUCCCGAUCCUUCCAGUGCAAGUCUUUGCCCGUGCUGUCCACAGUGGCCCGGAUCCUGUCGUCUGUCCGUGGCUAGCCCCUGCUAUGCUGUCCACAGGGCUCUUGGGCCCCUUUUGGGUCAGCCCCUGCUACGCUUGGUAGGACCCCAGUUUCCUUCCUGGUCAGCCUCCUCCGGUGUUGUCCAGGUCUUUCAGAAUGAGCCUCUGCCUCUGCUGUCCAGAAUUGCUUCUGCAUGCCUUCUGUGGAGCUGUCUGUUUCUGCUGUCAGCAUUGGCCAGCAGGACCCUUGGGAGAUCUGCUCUCCACCACUUCUGACAGGAUGAGCCCCUCUCCCACUGCAUGGCCCCUUCACUGCACCUGUUCCUCUUCAGGCACUGGCGAGAGCGGGAAGAGCACGUUCAUCAAGCAGAUGCGCAUCAUCCACGGUGCGGGCUACUCGGAGGAGGACAAACGGGGCUUCACCAAGCUGGUCUACCAGAACAUCUUCACGGCCAUGCAGGCCAUGAUCCGCGCCAUGGAGACGCUGAAGAUCCUCUAUAAGCACGAGCAGAACAAGGCCAAUGCUCUCCUGAUCCGGGAGGUAGAUGUGGAGAAGGUGACCACAUUCGAGCACCAGUACGUCAAUGCCAUCAAGACACUGUGGAAUGACCCCGGCAUCCAGGAGUGCUACGACCGCCGGCGCGAGUUCCAGCUCUCUGACUCCGCCAAGUACUACCUGACUGAUGUGGACCGCAUCGCCACCGCAGGCUACCUGCCCACCCAACAGGACGUGCUGCGGGUCCGUGUACCCACCACAGGCAUCAUUGAGUACCCCUUUGACCUGGAGAACAUCAUCUUCAGGAUGGUGGAUGUCGGCGGGCAGAGGUCGGAGCGGAGGAAGUGGAUCCACUGCUUUGAGAAUGUGACGUCCAUCAUGUUCCUCGUGGCCCUCAGCGAGUACGACCAGGUCCUGGUGGAGUCGGACAACGAGAACCGCAUGGAGGAGAGCAAGGCCCUGUUCCGGACCAUCAUCACCUACCCCUGGUUCCAGAACUCCUCGGUCAUCCUCUUCCUCAACAAGAAGGACCUGCUGGAGGACAAGGUCCUGCACUCGCACCUCGUCGACUACUUCCCAGAGUUCGAUGGGCCCCAGCGGGAUGCACAGGCAGCCCGGGAGUUCAUCUUGAAGAUGUUUGUGGACCUGAACCCCGACAGCGACAAGAUCAUCUACUCGCACUUCACAUGUGCCACUGACACGGAGAACAUCCGCUUUGUCUUCGCGGCCGUGAAGGACACCAUCCUGCAGCUGAACCUGAAGGAGUACAACCUGGUGUGACUCGGGCGCCUCCGCACGGUGUCUGCAGGGACGGAUGGCCUCCGAGAGGUGGCAGUGCCUGGCCCGUUGGGCCUCAUGGCCACUGCGGGGCCGGUUUUCUUUAUCAUCUUUUUGACAAGUGGUUUUUAUUUCACAGUUAUCAGGGGACGUACAUCUUUCUUUCUACACACUUCGUGCACCUUCUCACCUUUUGCCAAGGUCAAGGGCAGCUUUUUUUCUGGCCUUGACUUGUGGCUCAAUUUUUUUCUAAAAAAAGAAAAAAAGCAAAAAAAGAAAGAAAAAAGAAAUGAACAGAGGACACCAGUGUGCCCCGUGCUCCCCGGGACUCGGCCCUCACCCAGCCCUGCCUGUGUGUGGAGUCAGGCCGUGCCAACCAGUGUCCUGAGGCCCAGUCAACAGCAAUGAAGCCACCAGGGCCGCCCUCCGGGUCUGGGGCAGCUGUCUUCUCUGCCUCGGUUUCAUCUCCUUCCGGAGACUGGCGGACUUGUCUUUUAAAUUAUUGAUGUCCUGCGUCCUCAUGACCUAUGCUGUCUCUCUGCUCCCAGGACUCCAAGAAGUGGGGGUGGGUGGCACCCAGUGCCCACCCUGGGAAGUGCCUAACCAUUUUUUUUUUUUUUUUAAGAAAUGAGAAAACAGUUCACCUGACUUUGUUGGUGAACAAGACGCCCCAUGCCUCCUCCCACCUGAGUUGCUGUGGGUCCCAUGUCCUUCUGCCAGGUCCAGGGGGAGGCCUGUGUGACCAGAGCCAGUUGGGAGGAAGCGCAUUUGGACAAGGGCUCUCUGUUUUGCUCUGUAUUUUUUUGUUGUUGUCAUCGUAAUCAGUUUGGAAACAGCAAAGGUAGAGUGGGGACUUUUUCAGAAUAUUCUCAGGUCUGUCCCCAAGAGGCAGCAACAGAAGAGGGGACACUGCUGAUGGCCCUGUGUGUGCAUGGCCUCCACCUAAGCACUUGUUCUGCUCCCAUGUUGUGAAGCCAGAGCCAACACUUAAGUUAGCGAGGCCACCAAGGGCCAAGGGCAGGGAGCAGCACAUGGAAGGUGGUGGCUGGUGCCCCGUAGUCUCCAGGCCCAGGUGGCCACGGCCAGGGCCACAGCCGUGCACUGAGCCAGGCCCAUGGGGCCACAUCCUCAAGGCCUCUCUGAGCUCAAGGCAGGGAGUGAGGGCCGUGCUUGGGGCAGACGCUUACCAUCUGUUGCCAUCUGAACACUACACUGUUUUUGUUUU